AUGCGGUGUGGGAAGGCCGCAUGGCUCUAUGGGACCAAUCUCAUACUCCUUCUGGGCGCUCUUGUGUUCCUCGUGGCCACUACAGUCAUGCUGACGAAUCCACUGUUCGUAUUGAUCCCGAUCCACAAAUAUGACCCAUACGUGCUCGGUUACUGUCUUAUCAAUAUUUGUCUGGCAUUCCUUUGUGUUGCGUCGAUUGUGGCCAUUCGACAGCGACAAAUUGCCAUUGUCGUGUUCUGUCACUGGUUGACAUGUUGCACACUUGUCGUCGACGCUAUCAUGAUUUUUGUUUUCGCCAAUCUCAUGUCCACCGCGCACACCUCGUUGCAUUCUCACAUUCAAGUACUUCAUAAAAGCAGCAAAAAACUCUGUCCAGUUUGGGAUCAUGCCUAUCACACGCUUUCUUGCUGCCCAACCAAGGAAGUUCUCAAAACUUGUUCUGAUUUCCUCAACGCUACCAAAAUACUCUGUCACACCGACCGCUCAAACGAUUGCUAUGUUCACAUCAAAAAAUGGCUCCAUUCCAACACAGAAAUUAUAGGAUGUCUAGCAUUCUGUCUCAUGGCACCUGUCAAGAUUUUCAUGCUUGUUGCACUUCGCAAAGAUAUUGAGAAGGUUGAGACUGAAAUGGCAGAGCUGGAGUAUUACUCGCAGAUGAUUAAUGAUUAUGACCGUCACGGAGAUGGAUACAUUGAGAGCUUCAAGAGCAACGCCAACUUGGCUGACAGUACAUCAACACAGUCGUCGCGAGUAAGCCGUGUGAGAAGCUUCCCAGGAUACUCGCCAUUUUUGAAACACUCGGUUAUUGAAGAAGUGGAGAAUGAAUUCACAGUUCGAGGGGACGAAAUGAGAGACGAACUUCAGAAGGCGAUUGCUGAACACAAUGCUAGACAGUUAGAGCCUGCACAAUUUCCGAAAGAUGAAACGGAAGAAGAAGAAGAGGAAGAAUAA